AUGGGCUUAUAUAUUUCAAGGUUUUGUAAAUACUUUAGAGGAAAAGAAUCAAGAGUUUAUUAAUAACAAAAUUCAGGAUCUAUUUCAUAACACAGAUCAAAAAUAUUAGUAUAAAACAACUCUGAUGGUUAUGAUUCAGAGCCAGAGUAACAUUUUCAUCAUACUGAGUCACUUGUAAAAAUUUAAUGGAAAAAAGGAGAAUUGAUAGGAUAAGGGUCUUUUGGGAGAGUUUAUAAAUGUAUGGAUAUAAAGACAGGAAGAAUAUUAGCUGUAAAAUAAAUUGAAUUAGGUUAUGUGGAUAAAGAAAGUUUAGAAUCGUUUCAUCAAGAAAUUAAAAUACUUCAACAAUUGAAGCAUAAAAACAUAGUUGAAUAUUAUGGAUGUGAUGAGGAUAAACAUCAUUUGAGCAUUUUAUUAGAAUAUGUAGGAGGUACCAGUGUGCAUUAUCAAAUCAGGUGGCUCCAUAACCCAUAUGAUGAAGAAAUUUAAGUUCAAUCUAAUAGAACCAGUCAUUCAGAAGUAUGUCACAGAUAUACUCCAUGGUCUUGUUUAUCUACAUAACAAAGGAAUCAUUCAUAGAGAUAUCAAAGGUGCAAAUAUAAUAGUUGAUACCAAAGGAGUCUGUAAACUCGCAGAUUUUGGAUGCAGUAUCAUAGGAUUGAAUGCUUAUUCAUUAAAGGGAACUCCCAAUUGGAUGGCUCCAGAAGUAAUCAAUUCCUAAGAAACAGGAAGAUACUCAGAUAUUUGGAGUCUAGGAUGUACAAUCAUAGAAAUGUUAACUGGCAAACCUCCUUGGGGAAGAUUUCAAUCUCCUAUGUAAGCAUUAUUAACCAUUUCUUCCAAAUAAUGUUCGCCGCCUAUUCCUAUUAAUAUAUCUUCAAAUCUAAAGGAUUUCUUAGAUAAAUGUCUUUAAUUUGACCAUAAAAAAAGAUGGAAAGCUAAGUAGUUAUUAUAACAUCCCUUUAUAAUUUUUAUGCCAAAAAAAAUAUCUAAGACAGAUUAAUUUACACCUCUAUAGAAACCUACAGAAGAACACAACAAUUUCGAUCUUCAUGUGGCUCCAUAAUUAGAAGAUAUUAAAAAAGAUGAAGAAUAUUUAGAUAGAGAAUCUUAUCCGAUGAUUCUUUCUAAAAGAUCUUCUGGAGUAAGCGAUGAAAAACAUUUAUAGUAUUGA